AUGGGAGAAGACCAUUGUUCCCAUAUUUUCAAACUCGCAGAAGGUGGCUUCAACAAAGUCUUCCUAUUUAGAACAAAUUCUGGUAAAGAAGUCAUAGCACGCAUUCCCACUCCCAUUGCCGGCCCACCCCACUACACCACCGCCAGCGAGGUUGCUACGAUGGCCUUCUUGCGAGAUAUUCUAGGAGUUCCGGUCCCAAGAGUACUGGCAUAUUCGGCAGAUUCGACCAAUCCAGUUGGAUCAGUAUAUAUAAUAAUGAAGCGGGUAAAAGGCGUGAGCGUUGCAUCAAGAUGGUUAUCUCUCACUACAGCGGAUGUGGCUAGUUUGAUGAAACAAAUAGCGGAAAUUGAAGCGAGGAUUUUUGCGUAUCCAUUCACAGGGUACGGAAGCUUAUAUCGCAAGAGAGAGCUGGAAGAGGAACUAAUCAUACCACUUUCGUUCUGGCAUGGUGAUCGAAGUAAUACCAAGAUUGAUCGCGGUCCUUGGCUCUCACCUGAAGGCUGCUUUACAUCUGCUGCUCGGCGAGAGACCACUUGCACACUGCAGUAUGCGAAGCCUCAACCUCGAAGAACCUUUCUCCUUCCUACCAGUUUCGAUAUCGACCCUUCGGAGCAUACCUCGCUUCUUUCAAAAUUCCUGCAACUUGCCACUUUUUUGAUACCAAAAGACACAGUUCAUAAUGCUCUCAUUCUACGACAUCCUCACUUGACUCUGAAUAAUAUAUUACUGGAGCCUGGCUCCGCAAAGAUUGCGAGCAUUAUAGACUGGCAAGAUAGCAUCAUCUUCCCACUGUUCUUGCAAGCAGGCUACCCAGCCUUUUGCGAGCAUGAUUCGUCGAAGGCUCAAACCUUACAGGCUCCAUUUCUCCCACAUAAAUUUUACGAUAUGAGCAGCGAGGAACAGAUGGAAGCAAAAGCUAAAUUUCGCUCCGAGGAAGCAAACCUCUACUACACGGCAGCUACUGGGUUGUAUAAUGGUAACCACUGGAGCGCCUUGAAGAUCCCGCACCUUAGCAUGCGACAAUAUAUACAUCAACAAACAGGAUACCUUUGGGAUGGAGAUGUCAUCAAUCUUCGUGCUACUCUUGUUGGUAUCACAACUCCGCAAGUUUGGGACGCGAUUACGUCAGAACGGUGUCCGGUGGUCUUUUCUGAUCAGGAACGGCACACAGCAAUGGAGGAAGCAAAUGAGAACGAUUUAGGUAUUGACCCCGAAGGUGGUACAGAACCCGCAAACUUUGAGGAGGAUGAGCGUGAUAUUUGCUGGCGGAACUGGCCUUUCAAAAUGAUACAGAUUUCCCCUCUUCGUCUUUAGUGUGAACUAUAUUUCAGUACGAAGGUAAAGUCGCCUCUUGGCUACCAUCUGUGUUUCAUUACGCAUUGCUUCAUUACGAAUGCUCCUGUCUAGUAAGGCAACGAGAGUGCACCCAUCGGGGUUGGUCAGAUUGGUCGUCGUGUCUGUGAAUCUAUGAACACAUGUCACAAUCAUGGGCCUGAAUUCUCUCGGCAGACUGCUGGAAUCCUCGUUAUUUGGUUCUGAUCCUUGUCACAAUUGACAAAGCAGACUCUAUAUUCAACGCCC